UCAAAGGGGGGUGGGGGGGAAAAAAAAGAAGAAAAAAAAAAAAAAAAAAAAAAAAGAAAAGAAAAAGAAAAGAAAAAGAAAAAAAAAGGAAAAAAAAAAAAGAAAAAAAAAAAACCAACAGAGAGGGAGGGGUGAAUCCUAUAUGUAGAUCGAGGUUUCCAGGCUCGGUUUUGGGGACAUUGGUUCUUUUUUCUUUUUUUUUUUCUUUUUUUUUUCUUUUUUUUUUUUUUUUGAUGGAUAGUCUCCGAAAUACCUCAAGCUGUUCUCCUGUGUCCAACACGGCCCUUUGCAGAUCUCCUUGAUAUAUAUCUAUAUAUAUAUUUUUUUUCCCUUCCAAAUAUUAGUGUUAUCGCCACACUCUUUGAUUUUUAGCUAUUACAAGACUUUUUUUAUUUCCAGAUGUUAGUCCACACCUAUUCCGCCAUGGACCGGCAUGAUGGAGUGCCCAGCCACAGUUCCAGGCUGUCCCAGCUGGGAUCCGUCUCCCAGGGACCCUACUCCAGCGCUCCUCCGCUCUCUCACACCCCGUCCUCGGAUUUCCAGCCGCCUUAUUUCCCACCCCCCUACCAGCCUCUUCCUUACCACCAAAGCCAGGACCCUUACUCCCAUGUCAAUGACCCCUACUCCCUAAACCCCUUGCAUCAACCCCAGCAGCAUCCCUGGGGACAGAGGCAGAGGCAAGAGGUUGGAUCAGACACCGGGUCACUGCUGCCACAGCCUCGGGCCGCCCUGCCCCAGCUCUCGGGACUGGACCCCAGGCGGGACUACCACUCGGUACGGCGACCAGAUGUCCUGCUGCACUCAGCUCACCAUGGCCUUGACUCCGGCAUGGGGGACAGCCUUUCUCUGCACGGCAUCGGGCACCCGGGGAUGGAGGAGGUCCAGUCAGUUGAAGAUGCCAAUAACAGCGGUAUGAACUUAUUGGACCAGUCUGUCAUUAAAAAAGUUCCAGUCCCUCCAAAAUCCGUUACUUCUUUGAUGAUGAAUAAAGAUGGCUUCCUGGGUGGAAUUUCGGUCAACACCGGAGAGGUGUUCUGCUCUGUCCCCGGCCGUUUGUCUUUGCUUAGUUCAACUUCCAAGUACAAAGUAACAGUGGGAGAAGUUCAAAGGCGCCUUUCUCCCCCCGAGUGUCUGAACGCAUCCCUGCUAGGAGGAGUGCUGAGAAGAGCCAAAUCGAAAAACGGGGGGAGAUCUUUGCGAGAAAGGCUAGAAAAAAUCGGUUUGAAUUUACCAGCCGGCAGGCGUAAGGCUGCAAAUGUCACUUUACUCACCUCCCUGGUGGAAGGUGAGGCCGUUCAUUUAGCCCGGGAUUUUGGGUACAUCUGCGAAACGGAGUUCCCAGCCAAGGCUGUUUCUGAAUACCUGAACAGACAGCACACAGACCCCAGCGACCUCCACUCCAGGAAAAACAUGCUGCUUGCUACAAAGAUAGAUUUGUAUCUCUGGACCUUCUUGCAGUCCUGCAAUUGCAGAAAUGUGUUUCCUGAAGAGCAUCACCCUAGUUGUGGAUCCUAAGCAUCAGUUGAACUGGAUGAUCUUGAAGUUUCAUUCCAACCUAGGCAAUUCUAUGAUCAUCCUAGGAUGAUCCUCAAGCACUGGGAGAAUCAUAGAAUGAUUUGAGUUGGAAGGGACUCUUAAAGUCUAUCUGUCCCAUUUCCCUGCAGUGAGAAGGGACACCCACAGCUCCAUCAGCACCCAUCCAGCCUGACCUUGGGUGUCCUGCAGGGAUGGGGCAACUACCACUUGUCUGGACAACUUGUGCCAGUGCCUCACCACCCCAAUUUCAGAGUCACAGGUUCUAUGGAAAUCCUAAAGGGCAAAAAUGUUCCAUCCUUUGGUCUGGGAUCAGCUUUUGGUUGAACACACUCCUUCCUUCAACCUUGGUUGUCUCAGAGAACCAUGUUAAGUGUGAGAUGAGUCUAACCUCUUUUCUCCCCCUUUCUCUCCUUUUUUUUUUUUUUCUUUUUUUUUUUUUUCC